UCUUUAACUUGAGAAACCAUGAUCACUUUCACUUCUGAGUUCUGUCGCUAUCUCUCUAAUGGGUUCUCUCUUGAGCCACAGACUGAUAUCAGAAACAGGGUCACCUUCUGGUUAUUGGGUUGCUAUAAUCACCAUUGUUGCUCUUUCCUUCUUCAAAUCCACAUUUGCUCAGUCAAGCCUCUGUAGGACCUCUUGUGGCGAUAUCCCCAUCAACUACCCUUUCGGCAUCGACGAUGGUUGUGGAAGCCCUUAUUACCGACACGUCUUCAUCUGCUCAGAUUCUGGAAACCUUGAACUGAGAACCCCUUCCGGGAGAUACCCAGUUCGGAAUGUGAGCUACUCCGAUCCCCACAUUCUAGUUUCUGAUCCAUUCAUGUGGAACUGCGACGAUGGCGACAACUUCCGUCCAACCAGGCCGUUCAGUCUCGACACCAGCAAUCCCUUCUCCCUCUCCUCCCAGAAUGAAUACCUCUUCUUCAACUGUAGCGAGGACGAUGUGCUCAUCGAGCCCAAGCCCAGCUUCUGCGAGCGGUUCCCAGAACGGUGCGACUCGUCGUGUGACAGUGCUAGCUAUCUCUGCCGGCAUCUACCCGACUGCCCCGCGGAACUGAGUGGGAGAAGUUCGUGCUGCUCUUACUACCCCAAGGCAACGGAGUCUCUGAGGCUGAUGCUGCAGUAUUGCGCAUCUUACACAAGUGUUCACUGGAGAACCAGCGGUGCAGCUCCGCCUUAUGAUCAAGUCCCCGAGUACGGAAUUCGGGUAGAUUUUGAUAUUCCGGUGACCACCCGUUGCCUUCAGUGUCAGGAUAACUCCAAGGGAGGUGGGACUUGUGGAUUUGAUACCCGGUCGCAGAGUUUCUUGUGCCUCUGUCAUGAAGGAAAUGCCACCACUUUCUGUACAGAUCAUGGAAUUUCCGGGCAUAGUAAAAGGAUAGGAGUAAUUGCUGGGACGGCAUCUGCAGUUUCUGUCGCUGCUGUGGGGGUUGCAGCUGCUGUGUGGUAUAUUAGAAAAGUGAGAGCUAAAGCACCAGUAACAUGUGGAGUUCAGAGCAAUGAAAAUAGGCUAUUUUGAUUUUUCAGCAGUUUUGACUUUUGAGGGUAGACAAACUUUUACUGCAUUUUUUCAGGUUCCUCUCUCUCUCUCUUUGCUCUUAUUUCCUUCUUUUUAGUCGGCUUAUAAAGUCAGCACGGAGUAUGGUUAUUGACGGAUCAUCUCAUACCAAUGGACGUCAAGAUUUUGAGUGAAAAUUUCCCUUGUGCUUUUAUGUGGCCCAAAAUGAAUAAGUGAUAAUAUAUUGUAGGAGAUUUUGAGAAUGUAUUCUA